UUGGGAUCUUCCACCCGGCAAAUACGGCAGUGCUCUUUGUUACUCUUGAGGAGUCUGCUGCAUGCUAAGGACAUAAACGGCAUCAUGGUGGAAGGGAGCGGGCGCGAGGACAGAUGGCCGACCAUGUAUAAUGAGCAGCCGCACCAGGAGCUGGUCAAAUGCGUGGUGGUGGGCGACACUGCUGUGGGCAAGACACGGCUCAUAUGCGCCCGAGCCUGCGACACGCGUCUCACGCUGUCGCAGCUCAUGACCACGCACAUCCCCACCGUCUGGGCCAUCGACCAGUACCGCAUCUACAAGGAGGUUUUGGAAAGAUCAUGGGAAGUAGUGGACGGAGUGAGCGUUUCCUUGCGGCUAUGGGACACCUUCGGAGACCACGACAAAGACCGCCGUUUCGCCUAUGGAAGGCAAGUGCUGGCCUUACCGCUGCCAAUCGGAGGAUCAUGGGAGGUUUUAUUGCAGAUCGGACGUUGUUCUCCUAUGUUUCUCAAUUGCCAACCCUGUGUCUCUGCGCAACUGCAAGUUGAUGUGGUACCCGGAGAUUCGACGCUUCUGCCCAACACCCCCAUCAUCCUGGUUGGCUGCAAGAAUGACCUCCGGUACAUGUACAGAGAUGAGCAGUUCCUCUCCCUGUGCAGAGAUCGCAGCCCAUUUUUCAGGCCUCUCCGAGAAAGUGACAUUUUAUCGCCGGAACAGGGGAGGCUUCUUGCCAAAGAGAUUGGAGCUCCGUACUACGAGACCAGUGUACUGACUCAUUUUGGGGUGAAUGAGGUGUUUGAGAAUGUCAUUCGAGCGGCCCUGCUCUCCAGGAAGCAACAGAAGUUUUGGGUGACAAAUUUAAAGCAUGUUCAGCAUCCCCUGUUGCAGAUUCCUUUCUGCCCACCGAAGCCACCACCUCCAGAAAUAACAAUCCCUGUGUCUCAGUAUGAUGAGCACCUACAGGAAUUGUUCCAGAGCCAGGCAUACACGGAUGUCAUUUUCGUGACGGGAAGGGUUGGCUUCUCAGCCCACCGCAUGCUGCUUUCUGCCGUCUGCUCCGUCUUCUACAAGUUGUUCACCUCGAUAGACUCGGCAGGAGACAGCAGCUCUCUGGGCGGUCGCAGCGCCAGCGACUCGAGUGUGGUGAGCACCCUGGAGGCUUCGCUGGGCAGCUUCAAUGCGGACACAGAACAGCUGAUCGCUGACAACAGCCCGUCGACCCGAGCAUCAUUCCGACUGCCGCACAAAGGUGGAUCGGGGACUCAGAAUGGCUCGGGUCCCACGUGGCGUCGUGCCAGUUGCCAGAUCUACCCGGAAGGUGGCGUCCAGAAGUCCAACUUGGGCAUGGGUCCACGUGUGGGGUUGCAGCAGAAUUUAAACCAUCCAGCUUUCACGGCCAUCAAUGUCGAACAGUGUGAGGGGCUGGAUCAUCGGGGGCGUCCCGCUACGACAGUGCAGGCCAUUGUCAUUGUAUCGCGGGCCAUCACCCCACCUGCCAUGCAGGAAUGUAUGAGGUUCCUCUACACGGGAAAAAUAGACUCAAAGACUUGUCCCCUCACAGAGAUUCAGGAAGCUGCUGAGCUGAUCGACAUUCCAGAUCUUUUGGUGUAUUUAAGUAAUAUUCAGCGUCACGAGGAGUUCCUCAAUGCAGAGCUGCAGAAGAAAUACCAGAGUCGGCUGCAGACAAAAUUGAAGGCAAUGUGUCUCGAUAAGGGCCUGUUCUCAGAUGUGGUGUUUCAACUGGAAGACGGAUCGUGUUCAGCUCACCGUCCAAUUCUGAUGGUGCGUUGUGACAUGAUGGCCGCAAUGUUUCGAGGAGACUUCAGAGAAAGCUCAGCCAAAGUGGUGCAUUUCCCAGGUGUCACAAGAGAGUGUUUCGGUCAGCUUUUGUCGUACCUGUACACUGACACUGUGUGCGAUACAGUUAAUUUAAGCAACUGCAUAGAGCUCAUCGCGCUGGCUAAUCGCCUGUGCUUACCACGCCUGAUCUGCUUGAUCGAACACAAGAUAGUCACUGAAGUGCUCCGUCUGUCCGGCAAAUCCAUAGACGUCACCGAAGAUGUCUUGAAGCUCUUGGAACCGUGCCAGAUGCACAACGCUGACCAACUUGCGGACUGGUGCUUGUACCACAUUGCUGUUAGCUACAAUGAAAUUUGCAGCAAGAACUUGAAGUUGUUGCGGAAUCUACAUCCAGAGAACCAGGCGUAUUUGAACAGAAACCGUUGGCCUCCUGUGUGGUACCUGAAGGAGCGUGACUUUUACGAGCGGUGUCUGCGUGAGCGCUUUUGGAUGGAGAAGCUGCCCAAGGCACCCAAGCGCCGACGCAGCAGUGGUUCAGCCAGUGGCUGCCUCUGCUUCGCCAGCAGGAGCCAAUUAGACGACACUGUCAAUGUGUAUCGUACUGUGUGACCCUCGGGCAAGCGUGCGUAACGCGCCGGAAAGCAAGAUGACUUAGGACGGCAGUUCAGUCAGAGUUGCACGGCUUGUGUCUUGUAUUUUCAUUGUUGAAGCGAAACACCUACACAGCUGUUGCCCAUUUAUGUCCUCCAUUGCUGGUCUAUGGAAAAAGGGGAACAUGCUGUACCGUAAGAGGCGAGGGUUUUUUUGCGCGCGUUUUGCUGCUAAGACUUAACCAAAGCGGAACCAAAAUUUGCAAGGUACGUACAACCUGCAGUGUUCCAGACGUUUCAGUGUGUUUUCUCCUUUGCUACAGAUUUUGUGAUGCUCUGAAUAGACUCGUCUUUUUUGUGUUUGCUGCGCAUGCUGCUGUUGUUGCUAGCUCCAAAAUGAAUCAAACAUAUAGUUAUCGCACUGAUUUCUCGCUUUGUGUUUUUGUGUGUGAUGCAAUGUGUUGACAUAAUCUUCUAGCUGAUAGCCCGUUUUUCCUUUUUCCUUUUUUUUUUGUGAAAUGACAGGAAAAGGGAAGGUUAUUAUCUGUCAACUCUCAUUUUUUUUGGAGAAUUGGAGCAUUUAGUGUUACUGUGCAAAAAAAAAAAAGGAUUGAAAAAUUGAACUAUGUCCACAAGUAUAACAGCGGCCAGUAGGAUGUAAUGCUAAUUAUCGCGCAGGUCACAAUAUUGAAGGGUAUACUUUGUCUCUCUGUUCUUGUUUUCUUUUCCUUUUUAAAUAAAAAUAGGAACAGCUGCGAUGUAUCUUGCGAAGCACCCUACCAGAAGCAGUCUCCACAAGAGUCCCGUUUUGCAUUAACGGGCAAUGCAUCACACACUGACAAGGCUUGACAGUUUCAGCAUGUUCUAUAACAUGUAAGCAUUGGUCAUAUCAUGUGUAAAUGUGAAGUUAAAACGCGUCAUGCGAGACAUUGUUGAUCUGUGGCUUCAACCUCAAGUGUCCCACGAUGCAAGGAUGAGCUGUGCAACUGUGCCUCUGCCUGGGAUUGCAUGAAGUUUGUAACAGAUGUCUGUGGAAACUCUGAGGGCUGCCGUGACUUUCCACCCAUUAAAACAAAUUGCAGUGCUUUGCUUAGCAAAUCCAGAAAAGCGCAAGGCCGACACAUCAGAUGGCGAUCGGGGCGUGGCAAACCUGCCUAAGGAAGAGUUAGACUAAUCAGGGUUUAGUUAGCUUUCUUAAGAGGCAUUUGGCAGCAGGCCAUUCCUGCACUGUGCCAUAUCUAGUUUUGUACUUUCAGCCAUGCCUGUCAAUUUAGUAUCUCUUCUUUUGGAACGGUCGUGUUUCAUCUCAAAUUUUUCCAUUUCAAAAACCUGUAGUCUGCAAGACUGCAAUUCAGUGCUCAGAGUUGCUCGAGUUGCUUCAACUGUUCAGCACGGUUGAAGCAUCAUCAUCUAGCUUUAACAUUGCUGCCAUAGCUAUUAAUGGGGACUCUUGUGUCGUCGGGUCGUAUUUUUGGCAAAAACUGCUUUUAGUUUUGCGUUUGAGAGACAGGGUACAAUCGGGUGAUAGCUCCAGAAACUCAGCUUUUCAGGUGGAUUAUCCCCUCUGCUGCCCUCUUGUGCUUGCGUUGACAGUAGCAGGUGCCAUGUCGGUUACCGUACGUUUUUUAAUCUGACGGCGUUGUUCUUUCUUUGUUUUAAAUCUGUUGGUUACCAAGAAAAAGGAACAGGUCUUACAACGCUGUUGUUGUUUUGCCAUUCAUCGCAAGUCUUACCAAGCACUUAAAGAGCUCUGAAAAGAUUGCUUGCAAACCCACACACACACACAAACACACAAAAAGAAGUAUCAAGUGAAAGCUGUACCACCUUCAGUACUUACAGCAUCAAAAACUUUUGUGAUAGAUCUUUUUAAAAGUAGAAGAGGUAUAAUCUUGAGGUGGCACAGUGUUCCUCCUCCUCCUCUUUACGUGGGACUGUGUCGGCGCAGUUUCCUGUGUAGGCCCGCAUAUUAAGCUACGGUUCAUUCAAGUUGAUGUAUUUCACAAUCCUAUUCUUGAAGCCCUAAAACUUACAUGCUUGUUAUGAAGGCUGCACAGUAUGCCUUCUGGUUGUCACGACAACUAGAAGGAGCAGAAGAAGAUUCUUCUGGCAAAAAAAUUUCUCCACCAGCUUGCCUGCAUUUAUGCCAUUUUGAGCACAGGCAGCUCUCUCUUUCGGGCCUAUGGACACAGGGCUCCUAUUUUGCGCCCUCUGACCUGCACAAGAUUUUGUCUGGAUGCAUGCAGUGCCCUAAAUUAACACCUUCAUAGUGUGUUACGAAAAGAAGAAAGCCACAAGCUCAGCAGUGACCGAAAGUUAAAUACACAUACAGGCACAAACACACACUGACAUGCAUUUUUAUGCAAAUGCUAUAUCUAAGCUUUUGCUGACACCACAUCGUUACUCCUAGAUAAACAUGUCAAUAAUAAUUCAAACUCUUAACAGAAUAACAAGUAUGUACAGGCUUUACCGCAUGUUACAAACAAUGGUGAGAAGUAUUCGUACCCUUACACUUGUGCCAGGAGUACUCUUGGUCCCGGGUCCAAAAAAAGUCCACAAAGAAAAAAAAAUCUUCUCAGGGCAUCUUUAAGCUUAAACUGCAAAAUCAAGUAACCUAAGGGUUUUAGUUAUAAAUCAUUACUGAAGUAAAUUUUGGGACUUGUGCAUAAUUAGUCUGUAUAGUGCUCACCUCUCAGCAUAGUUUUGUCGCUGCUUUGAAAAUUUUUUUUUUAUUUCGGUGUUUUACCAGAGAAGUUUCAAAUUCAAAUGUUACAGGUUUUGCCCCGAAUAUGCAAGGGUCUGUUAAUGAUCGAGUGCCUGCCUGAUUUCCGUUUUUUAGUUUCUUUGCCUGUGUCGGCAAUUUUUGGAGUUCCUCUGUUUUUGUAUUGUAUUCAGGCAUUUGUGUGCUGUGUGUAAAUAUGUACACUUUUUUGGUUACUGUUUGGUAUCACUUUGUAAAAAAGCGCCAUUUUUUUUUCUCUCUUCACUACCGUAAACCUCAUACUAAUGCCAUAUUUAAAUACGUAGUGACAUUUAUUUAAUAGGAAAGGUUAGGAAAAGCAUGUUCCUGAAGUGGAGACAUGUAACAGCCUAUGUUCCAUGGUCAUUUGUCAUUGGAAGGGUUGAACUUUUUACAACUGCCAGUUAAACUUUAUGUGCACAUAUGCGACAGACGUAAUGAUGGCUUCAUCAUGCACAUUAGAAGCAAAAAAAAAAAACAUAAUACCGUCCCGAGUCACAUUGGAAGGCUUGUAAACUUUCUGGAGAAAUUUUCGACUUACACUUUGGCUCCACUUUCUACUUGCAGCACAACAGGGGCCUUUGCCUGUACUAUGCCAUAUGUAGGUAUGCUGGAGUGUGGCAGACAUGUAAUACCUUUUAGUUAUGAAAACAAAGGAGAGAUCACUAUCUCAAGUGUUGAAAAAAGUGCUCCGUUGCUUCCCACAUUGUUCGUAGAUACUUGAGUAACCAGUUCCUGAAGCCCAAACCCACAAUAAGUAAAUCAGUCGGUCUAAGUCUGUAUAUAGGGCCUGACUUUUUCCGGUUAAACCCGAUUUCUGCCGAUUAUCCCCCUCGAAUCGUUCUCAGGUUAAACUCGAUUGCUCCCAAUAUUCCAAUCGUGUAUUAUUACGUUGUGUCACGUAUCAAGUGUGGAGUAGCAACCUUCUGCGCAUGCCUGAUGUAAAUAUUGAUCGAGUGCAACAAUAAACUAUGAGAAGGACACUUAACGUUGCAACAUGUGGUGCAUGUGAGUAUAAUUCGUGAGGAAUGCAUGUUUAACCAAUAUAAGGACCUUUAGCUGUGGGCCGCUUGCGGGACAAAAAAAAAGAAAAUAGCCGAAUAGCAUCCAACUUCACCCCAAAUUUCACGUUUAAAAAUAGCACCCGAUUCUACCCGCUGAAUGCAGAAAAUGCAUUUACCCCGAAAAAAUCAGACCCUACAGACACACAUUAUGACUUGUGUGCUCCUUUCUGAUAGUUAUAGUUAGUUACCCUGGUGGCUAUUCGUUGAGGGCAUAACACGCUAAAUUAAUUUUUCUUCCCCCCCUUUUUUUUUUCAUGUCGCAUACGGGAGCAAAACUGCAAGCUUUCUAUUUGCUCACAAGCUGCAUUCCACAGGGUGCUUGCACCUGCAUCACUGUUCUCGAGCGGUUGUUUGUGAGAUUGCCGAACAAGCGAUGUAGUCUUCAAGAGAAUGCUUUUUUUUGCGCUACAGAGCGUAGCAAGUCAUCUCAGUAUGUAAAUCUUAACCACCAAGAGGACUGCCAUGAUGUUUGAAACAAGGCAGAAAUUUAUUUCAGACUAACUUCGGGAGAAGUUUAUACAAAAGUUGAUGUAAAUUACUGAGGUGCUGGAAAAAAACCUAAAUUUUGUGCAGAAGUAGCAUAGAAACAAACUUAUCCAUUAAUAGGAAGCCAAGCACUCCAGAAGUACACAAUACCCUGUGUGUUUUGUCUAUGCUAUUUGCUGAAGAUAUUGUAAUGUGGCUUUGGGCGUUAAACUUUGCUUCUAAAUGGGUAAGGGUCAUCACAGAAGAAUGUAUUCACAUGGUAAACUGUAUCGGUUAUCACACCAGUAUGUGUACUUUUGGAGCUGUGAUGCCAGAAAAGUGUUAUUGACUGAUUGACAGCAUGUAGGUGGCAAUAAAAAAAACAGUGGUGCAACUGUAGUGGAUAGGGUUCUGCAUUUUCAAAGUUGUCAUUGCAUCUCAAAUUUAGAGCUGUUUGGAAGUGUUGCAUUAUUUUGCUUCUCUGUGUUUGCAGAAGUGGGCAUUUGCCCCACUCAUGGACAUUGUACAUGUAAUGAAAUUCCAAAAAAAGUCUGAUCACAACAGGUAUUGAGAUCUUUUCUCUACAGGUUCCACACAGUAAUAAACUCCCAUGAGGAAAAAACAACCUAUUUAAUAGUCUAUGUGGUGUUCUUCAACACGAUCCUAGUUGUGGUUGCUCUUUCACCAACACCACCAAAUCAUGAGGUCUUUAACAAUAAUGCAGAACAAUAUCUGUCCCAAGCAACUUCUCCAAGGUGUUUGUUAAUCUUAUUUUUGUAUAGUGGCCAUCAAUUUUAUAAAGUCUUUGAAAUGAUAGCCCCUUUUCAACACGUACCGACGCACUCUUCCAGCCGUUUUCUGGUCAUACAUUUUUCAUAGUGGUUUUAUACGCAUUAAAUGUGCAGUGUUGCUGUAAGCGUUAUUAUUGGUUAUUUUGUGUGUAAGUGUUUAUCUUGUUGCUCCCGCCAGCAAGGGUCCUGAAGCUACGUAUAUGUGUGUAUGUCUAUAUGCUACCACCAUUCUGUGCAGACUUCGGAUCUUGUGUGAAAUAAAAGAUGCUGGCUCUUUCUAUGCA